UCGUAAGUCCUUUUUGCUGGAUCAGGUUGAGGACGUCGACGAUGUACACGUAUGGCGCCGUCAAUGUCACGGUACCCGGCUUACUCACUCGGCCAUCCCAACUAACUCUUCCGUUGUUUCUUACGCACAUGGUCUCGGAAGCUCACCCCUCUGACCUGGCCAGUUCAUGUUCAAAAUUGGAAUGUCAUUCGAUGAGCGUGCCGUAUCGUAGUGUCAUUCUUGACAUGACCGAUACACCGUCAGCUACGUCUGAUUCUUGACCGACCCCGUCUGGCUUGACCCUGGUCGGCCAACAGAGGUUAAGGCACUAUUCGAUCGCAACUAACCUAUCAGUAUAGAGCAAUUGUCCGUCUGGCACAGCUAACAUCUGUCGAAUAAAUGACUGUCAGCGCCCUCAAGAGCCUGCAACAAUGACGUCGCAUUCUUAAGCCUCCGUUGUUGACCGCCUAAAUAAGUAUUAAAACCGCUAUAUCGUCGCCCCAUGGCUUUUGUCAUCGCCUUUCAAGAGCUCCCUCUCUCAGAAGUCGAACGAAAAUAAUGGUCUUGAAGUUAUCCAAUAUAGAGAUCCGUCUCUUGAAAACUCCUACUCCCGGCGAACUUGACGAACUCGCAGAAAUGCUCAUGUUCAGAUCAGACGCACUCACAGUAGCUACCUGUGCCGGAGACCGCUCGCUCAUGCCCGAAUACCACCGUGCUAUCAUGGCAGCUUGUGCAGUUGGCGGGGACUUGUUCGUCGCUAUUCACCAUCAAGAUGGACACAAGAAGAUAAUUGGAUGUGUUGCUUUCUUUGGGCCUGGUGCAGAGUUCAUGUCAUCGAACGAACAGCGAGAACAAGGAUUUGCCGAUUUCUUGAAGAAACUUCCAUCCAACUGGUUCUUGGAAAGCUUCCUUCCUCAGUACGCCGUUCUCAGCCAUAGAGUUAUGGACCCAAAGGUCAAACGGGACGCAUGGAAUGUAAAUCAACUCGCGGUUCAUCCAACUUAUCAGCAUAUGGGUGUUGCCUCAGCACUGAUGGCUGCUGGGGAAGUUCUGGCCAGGACGGACGUGAGGUUGAGACCCAUGAUACUCGAAUGUAGAGAGGAGACGGUACCUAUGUAUGAACACCUGGGAUAUCGACUUUUAGGUGAAGAAGCCAUGGAGUUUGCGCCUCCCGUUGGCGAGAUCCAAGUGUGUAUGAUGCAAAAGGAUUUGAACACACGUUAGAGUUCGGGAAAGUCCUUCCUAUCUGGCCACGUAAAAUUCAAUACCAACU